UCAGUGACACGGGAGAUGAGAGCACCUUGCGAAGCGUUUCACAAACACACACGUAUUUAUUUUCUUGGAAAAACCCCCACAGUGCACGUCUCGGGUGCCAUUUAUGAUUCUUACGCUGCUGCAACUUUUUGCACAAUUGCCCUUUCCUCCGAAUUAAAGAGAAGAAAAGCCCCAUUAGGUCGGGGAGCGGCUUAAAACCUGCGGGGCGGAGAUCUUGUCACCAAUUUUACACCUGAGUGAAAGGUCGCUGGGGAAAGGCAGGAAUCUCGGGGAAAAUGGCGACUAAUGGAGACAUUGCUUCAAUAAUGUCCAGUCUGGAUAAUAACUAAAGCAGCUGGGGGACGGCUACACGUCCAUCUGCCCAUUGCCUCAGCAGCAGGACGGAGAAGGCGGACAAAGUACAGAGCGACAUGUCAGCCUCGGAACUUUACAGCAAGUAUACAAAGGUUUGGAUCCCUGAUCCAGAGGAUGUUUGGAAAUCAGCAGAAAUCACCAAGGAUUACAAAGAUGGUGAUCAGAUCCUACAUCUUAAACUGGAAGAUGAAAUGCCACUUGAGUAUUCCAUCAAUUCCAAUGCAGAGCAGUUACCUUUCCUGCGCAAUCCGGAUAUACUGGUAGGCGAGAAUGACCUGACUGCUCUCAGUUACCUUCAUGAACCUGCAGUACUCCAUAACCUAAAGGUCCGAUUCCUGGAGUCCAAUGCCAUAUACACGUAUUGUGGUAUUGUCCUGGUUGCUAUUAAUCCUUAUGAACAGUUGCCAAUUUAUGGAGAUGAUGUCAUUCAUGCAUAUAGUGGACAGAACAUGGGGGACAUGGAUCCUCAUAUCUUCGCAGUUGCUGAAGAAGCAUACAAGCAGAUGGCAAGAGAUGAGAAAAAUCAAUCUAUUAUUGUAAGUGGGGAGUCUGGAGCUGGAAAAACAGUCUCUGCCAAGUACGCCAUGCGCUAUUUUGCCACUGUUGGUGGAUCAGCCAGUGAAGCAAAUGUUGAAGAAAAAGUACUGGCCUCAAGUCCAAUAAUGGAGGCCAUUGGUAAUGCGAAAACGACAAGGAAUGAUAACAGCAGCCGCUUUGGGAAAUACAUCCAAAUUGGUUUUGACCGACAAUAUUAUAUAAUUGGUGCCAAUAUGCGAACCUAUCUGCUGGAAAAGUCCAGAGUGGUUUUCCAGGCAGAAGAUGAACGUAACUACCAUAUCUUCUACCAGUUGUGUGCCUCAGCCAAUCGACCCGAUUUCAAAGAACUGAAAUUAAGCAGUGCGGAAGACUAUUUUUAUGCCACACAGGGUGGUAACACAGAAAUAGAUGGAGUUAAUGAUGCUGAGGAUUUUGAGAGGACGUGGAAUGCUUUCACACUACUUGGUGUAAAGGAUGCACACCAGAUGAACAUUUACAGAGUAAUCGCUUCAAUUCUCCACCUGGGAAAUGUGGAAAUAGUGUCGGAAAGAGAUGUAGACACUUGUGGUGUUGCUAGAAACGAUGAGCACUUGAACUAUUUCUGUGAUUUACUGGGAGUAGAGCACGAUCAGAUGGAGCACUGGCUGUGCCACCGCAAGCUUGUCACAACGUCUGAGACUUACGUCAAAACUAUGUCCAAGCAGCAUGCCAUCAAUGCCAGAAAUGCCCUAGCCAAGCACAUCUACGCCCAACUUUUCAACUGGAUUGUGGAUCACAUCAAUAAAGCACUGUACACGACCAGCAAACAGCACUCAUUCAUUGGAGUACUGGAUAUUUACGGGUUUGAAACAUUUGAAAUUAAUAGUUUUGAACAGUUUUGCAUCAAUUAUGCCAAUGAAAAAUUACAGCAGCAAUUUAACCUGCAUGUCUUCAAACUGGAACAGGAGGAAUACAUGAAGGAGCAGAUACCAUGGACUCUAAUUGACUUCUCUGACAACCAACCAUGCAUUGAUCUUAUUGAGGCAAAAUUGGGCAUUUUAGAUCUGUUGGAUGAGGAAUGUAAGAUGCCGAAAGGGACAGACCAGAGCUGGGCCCAGAAGCUCUAUGACCGCCAUUCAAACAGUCUGCACUUUCAGAAGCCCCGGAUGUCCAACAUGGCCUUUGUUGUUAUACAUUUUGCUGAUAAGGUGGAGUAUCAGUGUGAUGGGUUCCUGGAGAAAAACCGUGACACAGUACAUGAAGAACAGAUCAACAUACUGAAGGCCAGCAAGUAUCAGCUGGUAGCUGACCUCUUCCAGGAAGAGAAGGAACCUGCGACUUCCAACAUAAAGACGAAAACUUCUAAAAUAAGCAUUCGACCACUCAAACCUGCCAUGAAAGCACCCAAUAAAGAGCACAAAAAAACAGUUGGACUUCAGUUUCGGAACUCUUUGCAACUACUCAUGGAAACCCUGAAUGCUACAACACCACACUAUGUCCGCUGCAUCAAGCCAAAUGAUGAGAAAUCUGCAUUCUCGUUUGACGCCAAGCGUGCUGUACAGCAGCUCCGGGCCUGUGGGGUUUUGGAGACUAUUCGUAUCAGUGCUGCAGGUUACCCAUCAAGGUGGACGUACCAUGAGUUCUUCAACCGAUACAGAGUCCUAAUGACCAAGAAGAACAUAAUAUUAAAUGAUAAGAAAGAGACUUGUAAGAGACUUCUUGAAAUUGUUAUCAAGGAUCCUGAUAAAUUCCAGUUUGGCCGAUCCAAAAUCUUCUUCCGUGCUGGUCAGGUGGCAUAUCUGGAAAAACUGCGAGCAGAUAAGUUCCGAGCUGCAUGUAUGAUGAUACAAAAGACUGUUCGUGGUUGGUUACAGAGGACUAAGUACAGGCGGAUGAGGAAGGCUGCCAUCACUAUUCAGAAACAUAUUCGGGGCUACCAAGCUCGCAGGUGGGUGGAUUUGCUGCGAAAAACCAGAGCUGCGAUCAUUUUUCAGAAGCAGUAUAGGAUGCAUGUUGUGCGACGAAAGUACCUACAUAUUUGCAAUGCGGCUGUCACAAUUCAGGCUUACACUCGUGGAAGGUUUGUCAGGCGGGUGUACCAUGAGUUGCUACGGCAACACAAAGCCAGUAUUAUUCAGAAAUAUGUAAGGGGCUGGAUAGCCCGGAAGAGGUUCUCCAGGAUACGCAAUGCGGUCAUCUACCUCCAGUGCUGCUAUAGGCGCAUGAAGGCACGCCGUGAGUUAAAGACACUGAAGAUUGAAGCCAGGUCAGUAGAACACUACAAGAAACUCACCAGUGGGAUGGAAAAUAAAGUGGUCCAGCUUCAAAGAAAGGUCGACGUUCAGAACAAGGAACACAAGGCAAUGACUGAGCAGUUGAUGGCAGUGAAUACAGCACAAGCUACUGAAAUCGAUAAACUUAACAAGGAGUUGGACCGAUGCCGUGAACAACAGGGUGACAAGAACCGAGAAACUAGCUUACAGGAGGAAAUUGAGAAACUCCGCAAGGAGCUUGGGAAAUCCCAGACUGAACGCAAAAUCCUGGAAGACACUUACACCAGGGAAAAAGCAGAACUUCAGCAGCGUGUACUAGAUUUGGAGAAGGAGAACACAUUGCUGAAGGAUGAGAAAGAUAAGCUGAACCAGAGCAUCAAGAAUGAGUCAAAGGAUGUAGCAGAAAAACUCUCUCAGAAGACAGCAAAGGAAAGUGAGCUGGCAAAGAAGGAGUUGGAGGAAGAACGUUCUCGUUAUCAAAACCUCCUGAAAGAGUAUUCCCGUCUGGAGCAGCGCUAUGACAAUCUGCAGGAGGAGAUAAAUUUAAUUAAGCAUACUCCGGGCCACAGGAGAAAUCCCUCCAAUCAAAGUAGUCUUGGAUCAGAUUCUAACUACCCUUCUGUCUCUACGUCUGAGGUUGGGGAUACAGAGGAUGCAGUGCAGCUGGUGGAGGAAGCUGGCUUGGAGAAUGCUGCCAUGGACAUGACUAUAUUCUUGAAACUACAGAAACGUGUGCGGGAACUGGAGCAGGAAAGAAAGUCACUGCGUGCAGAGAUUGAACGAAAAGAAGCAGCAGAAACUAAAAAGGGAAAUGAAUACAAUAGCAUCCCGGAGAAUGAACAAGCAGCAGAUUUGGCUUAUGACAGUUUAAAGGUCUUAGAGUUUGCGGGUGUGGAAGAUGCUGUCGAUCGAGUCUUGCGACAAGAGCUAGAAUCUGAAAACAAGAAGCUGAAGAAUGAACUCAAUGAGCUAAGAAAAGCCAUAGCAGAGAAGGCAAUCGGGGACAAUCCAACUAAUGAUGAGAAAAAUGCAUACAGUGUACUGCUAAAUCAGCUGAGGGCUGCCAAUGAGGAGCUAGAAGUGCGCAAGGAGGAGGUUCUCUUGUUGAGAACUCAAAUUGUUGAUGCUGCUCAUCAGAAGGAACUGGUGGGAAACAUGGAUAAUGUGACUGAGAAAUAUGAAUGGAAACGAAGUGAUGAAAACACAGAGAAAGAUGAUGUCAUUGAGGCUUACAAUGGUAUUUGUGAGACUAACAGACUGCUGGAGGCACAGUUUCAGUCUCAGAUCAGACAACAUGAGGAAGAAGUGGGAAGAAUGCGGAAUCAGAUUGAGGUUCUGAAGGAGGAUUUGGAAAAGCAACAGCAGGUCCUCACACAGACACUACAGAUGUCUCCAGAAGCACGCAUUGAGUAUAAUGUGCAACAGGAGAUCACACGCCUCACCAAUGAGAAUCUGGAUCUUAAAGAACUGGUAGAGAAACAGGAAAAGAAUGAGAAGAAACUGAAGAAGCAACUCAAGAUCCACAUGAAGAAAGUUCAAGACCUUGAAGCAAGGAACUUAGUGCAGAAGGAGUCAAGGCCUGAGCUAACCAGACAGGUCACUGUGCAACGGAAAGAGAAGGAGUUCCAGGGGAUGCUGGAAUACUACAAGGAUGAUGAAUCCCUGCUUAUUCGCAACCUCAUCACAGACCUGAAACCUCAAGCAGUGUCUGCCACAGUACCAGGUCUGCCUGCAUACAUCCUCUUCAUGUGCCUUAGACAUGCAGAUUACAUCAAUGAUGAUCAGAAGGUCCACUCACUCCUCUCUAGUACCAUCAAUGGCAUCAAGAAAGUGUUAAAGAAACAUAACGAUGACUUUGAAAUAACGUCAUUUUGGUUGUCCAACAGUUGUCGCCUCUUACACUGUUUAAAACAAUACAGUGGAGAUGAAGAUUUUAUGAAGCAGAAUAAUGCACGUCAGAAUGAGCACAGUCUCAAGAACUUUGACCUCACGGAGUAUCGUCAGCUUCUGAGUGAUCUUUCUAUUCAGAUCUAUCAACAGCUGAUUAAGGUUGCAGAAAACCUUCUUCAAAGCAUGAUAGUAUCGGCAAUGUUGGAAAAUGAGAGCAUUCAGGGUCUGUCCAGUGUAAAACCGAUGGGCUACAGGAAACGUUCUUCCAGCCGGGUGGAUGGAGACAGUAGCUACACUCUAGAGGCUAUGAUACGCCAGCUUAACCUGUUGAAUAACACCAUGUGUGAGCAUGGAUUAGAUCCCGAGAUUAUCCAGCAGGUCUUUCGGCAACUUUUCUACAUCAUCAAUGCUGUUACACUUAACAAUCUUCUCCUGCGGAAGGAUGUGUGCUCGUGGAGUACUGGAAUGCAGCUCAGGUACAACAUUAGUCAGUUAGAAGAGUGGCUCAGAGGAAAAAAUUUACAUCAGAGUGGGACCAUGAAAACAAUGGAGCCUCUAAUCCAGGCAGCUCAGCUACUUCAAGUGAAGAAGAAAACAAGUGAUGAUGCUGCAGCCAUCUGUUCAAUGUGUACAGAUCUUACCCCACAGCAGAUUGUCAAGAUUUUAAACCUCUACACACCAGUGAAUGAAUUUGAAGAACGUGUAACAGUAGCGUUCAUUAGAAACAUUCAGUCCUGUUUACAAGACCGCAGUGAACCGCCUCAACUUUUAAUGGACUUCAAACACAUGUUUCCUGUAAUCUUUCCAUACAACCCUUCUGCACUCAACCUGGAUACCAUUCACAUCCCAGCAAAUUUGACCUUAACUUUCCUCAAUAGAGUGUAGAACAAAGUUGUAAAUGUGAAAGGAGGAAUGGAGAAGAAGAUUGCAGGAUCUUGGAUAAUUGAUAUCUUUCAAUCAAAAAUUAUUAUGGAGAGAAAUAAUUGCACAAGACCUGUUCAAAAAGAAACAAAAAUGAUCUAACACCACUACAAAAAAUAUGUCCCCAAGAGGCCAUUUGAGAUGCAGUCAGCAGGAAUAGCUAACCAAUGACUAUUUAUUGUGUCAGAUGUUUCAAGAAAAAAAAUCAAAGGUGAUGUUUUCAUGAAUAUUGUAUUUGUAACAAAAAGAAAGCACUGGGAUUCACGUGCUUUCUGAAUAUGGAACAGCUCAAAUCUGUUUUCACCAUGCUUCUUUGCAAAGUUGAAGCAUGAAGUGGAAUCUUUCUUUUGCAUUUAUAGUCAGAGUGGGAACAUUCUAUAGAUAAAUAAUGAACAAUACAGAUAAAAGAAAAUGACUGGAAAAUACAAACAAGAAGGGGCUUUGAUUCUGUUCAAUGUGUGCACCUAGCUUGGAGCUGGUAUCACCUUUCUGCUAGACGCAUAAAUAAUUCCUUAUCCUUGCUGUAACCAUAGCUGAGGGCUUAUUUUAAGAGUUGUGUAAUUUAUUAUUUCAGUUAAUUACACUGCUCCUAUCCCUGCUUCUUUGAUUCUUGGACCGAGAGAGAUUUUGAGCCGGUUGGUGCGCACUUCAUUUGGGAGUCAAGUCCACAAUGUAAGAACAGCUUAGCUUUGUACUGUAUUUGACUCAUUAGGAGUUGGUCAGCUCAGUGAUGUCGACACCGUGGGUUCAAUUCCUAUAAUAGCUGAGGUCACCACUAAGGUCCAAACUUCUCGACCUUGCCCCUCACCUGAGGCAUGGUUACUCUCAGAUUAAACUCAUCCACCAGUCAUUUCUCUCUCUUGUGAUAAACAAGCCCUGUGGACCUCUGGGACUUUGGAAACUUUACCUUUAUCUAUUUGCCUCUUAAAAUAUAUAUUUGGUAAUGCUGUGCAUAACCCUUUGAAACAAUGGCAUUUAACCACAGCCAAAAUUGUACUGUGUCCAAUUGAUAUCUAAAUGGUUUAAUCAUUAAGAUGGGCAGCACAGUGGCCCGGUGGUUAGCACCAUUGCCUCAGAGCACCAGGGACCCAGGAUCAAUUCCAGCUUCAGGUGACGUUGUGGAGUUUGCACAUUACCCCAGUGUCUGCAUGGGUUUUCUCCCACAAUCCAAAGAUGUGCAGGUUAGGUGAAUUGGCCAUGCUAGACUGCCCAUUCUGUUCAGGGAUGUGUAGUUUAGCUGCAUUAGUCAGGGGUAAGUGUAGAAUAACAGGGUAUGGGAAUGGGUCUGGGUUGGAUACCCUUUAGAUGAUUGGUGUGGACUUGUUGGACCGAAGGGCCUGUUUCCACACUGUAGGGGUUCUAUUCUAUAAGAUUACAACAGCACAAUAUUCCUGGUGUUCUUACUACUUCUGGAUAAAAAAUAAACUAGUUUUAUACUUAUUGGGGGAUUAUAAUUUGCAGGAACUUGAACUCAUUGAAGAUAAUGUUCAUUAAUUAUAAAAUGUGAACACUCUGAUGCAUCACAGAAGUACACAAUUAGUCUUCCAAUGCUGAUACAACAGAAUCUCACUGAAUAUCUAAAUCCAGCAAACAUUUUGAUUUAGAUUACUUGUUGUUCAUGGUAAAUUACCUUUUGGAUUUACACCUUCCUCUGUCUCCCUUGAAUAUGUAGACUGCAUGUGCCUGUAAGCUUCUGUUGGCCGAAAUUUGAAUUUCAAGGCUUCAAAAGUGAAUGUUGGAAUUAAUCUAUCAUUGAUUUGAUGUAUAGAUACUUUCAAUCACAAAUUUCUAUUUAGCAGUCAGAGUAAUAACUUAACAAGAUUAUUUGUUAUUCUUAUAUUAUGACAAAUACAAUUGCCAUAUGUUAAUUUUAUUUUUACACAUCAGUAUGAGCAACAUUGUUAAUUUUCAUUAUUUAGAACCAAAUUAACUAACUUUCUCCCUUUUCACUGAUCUGCAUCAUGUGAAUCUAAGUGUGCUGUUCCAAUAGAAAUUCCAGUGUGUCCACGCAAUACAUAAAUACAAGCAAGACAUCAGAUCCUCAAAUGCAUCAUCUUCUCUUCCUGUUUUUUCUCACAUUGUCUUAUCUUCAUCCUAGAGAAAUGAAAUGGAAACAGUGAAGUGGGAAAGUUUUAAACCACCCUGUUAGCAAGCACUGUAUUUAAAACAACUAUGGUUAUGACAGACAAUGUACAUUAAUAGAGUGUUACAUAUCUCUGAUAGAUUGGUGUAAUUUUUCUUUAAUAAAUUUUUAAUCCAGAUGGUCAGAUGGUUGAAAAAAGUCAUUCAUUUUUGAUUUAGAUUCCUGGAAUUAAAAUAGGAUUGAGGCAUAUAACCUAUAUAACUACAACAAAUACUUGAUUAAGAUGCAUGAGAAACUGAUGCAGUUUCAACAUUAUGCUCUGAUAUGGUCAAAAGAGAAGAAUUAAGUACAAAAGUAGCAAUUAAAGACAGUUCUGCCAAGGACAGUAAUUAUAUUGUUCAAAAUCUGACUGCUGCGCCAUGGCUUGCCAGCAACAUGACUCACUUAUUACAAUGGGAUUAUUGUAGAAUAAAUUGGAGUUCUCAUGAUGACUAGUUGGGUAACUGCACCAUCUGCCACACUGAUCGAGAUCAUGUUCAAUCUCUGAGUUACUGAGUUAGACAGACUCAACCAAAGACAGUGGAGGUACUAGAAGAGUGAACAGUCAGCUUGAUUUUGUCUUGGUAAUAGUCAGUGAGCUCAGUCAUAAACUGAGUGGAAGAGAUACCCUUCACUGUCAAUUAGUUUUAUCCCUUCACAAUCUGGGCUAACACAUGGUGAAAGGCCAUGGGAGUGAAGCAUUGGCCCUGAUCCUUUCUGAGAAUAAUUCAAUGAAUUAUGAUCUGAACUGGGAUACCAAAAAAGGUGGUGAGAGAAGAUUCAAUAGCAGCUCUCAAAAAGGAAUUGGAAAUAAACUUAAAAAGAAAAAAAGUAAGACCAAUUGUUAGAGGAAGAAAGUAGGAUUAUUUGGGUUAGUUGUUUCUGAAAAACAAGCAGAGCUAGGCUGAAUGGCUUAAUUACUAGAAGAUAUCAGAUUAUAUAGACAUUUCUUUGGACAAAAAAGACAAAGCAGCUUAGCUGUUCCAUUGCUUUUGAUAUACUUCACUCUCAUUUAAUCAUCUCACCUUAAAUUUAAGUCCUUCUAUUUCUAAGAAUGUAUUUCAAGUAAUAAUAAUACCAAUUGAGGCAUGCUACAAAUAGUGAUAUUAAAGCCCUGCAUAUUUAACUGUAAUCAUAAAAUGUGAUAGUCACAAACACACAGGGCACCCCCCUCCCCCUGCCACAUGUUAGACUGAUCGUGAUGAUGUAUCACUGGCUAUUAAAGACCUCAGGGAGCUUUCAGUGCUCUUUCACAAGAUGAUCCAACAUGGAGAUUGAGUACUUUCAUUGUAAAGUCUUCCCUCCAAGUACAACCAUCGAUUUAUAUAAUGUGCUUCAGAAUUACUUCUGAAUGAUUUUUGAAGUUGUUUGAAUGUUGGAUAUAAUGAGACACAUGACCAGGACAUUCUACUGAAGUAAUAUUUGGAGAUAUAAUGAUGUGGAAAUUGUGAGAUAAUCAUUUCAAGUUUAUUUAAUUUUAUUCCAUAUAUAUUUGUUUCCUUAACAACUUGAAGCUGGAAAAGAUCUAAACAAUUACAGGGGCAGAAAUUUACAUCUUCACACACACACACACACACACACACACACACACACACAACCAAACACACCCCUCACCAUCCUUGAUCCCUUUCUGCUGACCCCACGCUGAGCAUUAUUUCUGCUAUCUACCCCAAAAACCUUACACUUGGUGCUGGAUUCUUGGAACUUAAAAUCCGGAGACUGUUUGUAGUCCCGUUCCUGUCCGCUGCAGCUUUUGCUGCUGCUGACACUUUCUCCCGUAUGAGGGGUGGAAGUCUAAUCUUCGACUAAUUACUAUUCCUUGGAGUAGUGUUGGCAACGCUGACUCUUCAAGUGGUGGGAAGGGAAACCUCACCAUCCUAAAAAUCCUGGCCAAUAAAUUAACCACAAGGACCCAUCUAGCUCAAUAUUUGAAAAUGAACAUGAUGAAAUGAAUUAACUAUUAUAUUUGUUCUCAUGCACUUGGAAUGUUUUAACAGUGGUGGAUCAGAUUUUUACAACUUUAGGCUGCUGACACUUCCCAGAAGAUAUUCUUGUAAAGACUCAAUAUCUUUGUUAAAAUGUCACACUUUUGUACUUGAAGAGGAAGAACCAGGUGGCAUCAUAGUUAUGAUGACCUAUUUAAUCAGUAUUUAUAUCGUUACACUGUAUCUGCAACGAGAAAUUCCUAAAGAGAGAGUCUCUAAAAUACACUUUUCAAAGUUUUUAUGUAAUUCACAAUGUGCACAAAGUUUGGCAUCAGUAACUAAGUCUGAGGUUUAGGCAUUAGACUCUGGAGUUCUUGGAUUCAUCAGAUGUAGUGGAAUUUCAGAAUUAAGUGAAUAUUUUCAGAUUGCUCCAUUUAUCUUAAUGUAAAAUUGAGAAUUUACAUAUUGCAUUAAUAGAUUUAAAAUUUGCAAUUGGUGAUGCACUGUAAACAACACAAGGCCUAUUCAUUUCUUAGCCUUGCAUAUAUAAAACAGGUAGAGGACUUAAUAUAACUGUACAGUAAUUUAUCAGCUUUUUAUAUUGAUCAGUUUUCAAGUAUAUUAAGUUUACUGGUCAAUAUGCAUUUAUUUUUGGGUUGUUGGAUGAUUAGGAUGUUUAUAUAAUAAGGAUUGAAGAGGAAGAAUCACUUCUCCCUUCCUUUGAUGACUCCAAAUGCAAAGGAAAAAAAAUGUAUCCAUGGGAACAUUUAUAGGGUCAACUUUAUUGCCGUUCAUGAUAUUUUUUGUCAUUUUUGCACAACAUUGAUUUUUUUUAAAAAUUGUUAAUCAAAAAACAUAGUCAUCCCUCCUUCCAAGAUUUCUAUCACCAGUAUUGGUAACAUUUGGUACAAAGUUAGCUGAUUAUUGGUCAAUAAUAAUGUACUGCUGUUAAGUGAAUUAUUAAAUUCUUAUCAUGAUUAAGACUGUAAUAAAGUAAUG